AUGGAGAGAGACGAUUCAAGCAGGCCUGGCGCCUCAGACUCAUCUUCCUUGAAUAUUGAUUCGGCCAUCUCUCAGGCAUCUCUAAAUACAUCAUCAUCCGCAAAAUAUUCUAAUUUUAAUGGAGAGACAAACCAAAUAAGCAACAUGCCUGACUAUUUACCCGAUAACACUAUUCCAGUUGCGCCAAUGGGGAUUCCAAAGCUGUAUCUCAAUGGUAGCACAUACUCUGAGAAAACCCAACAGAAUAGCUCACUUUCUACUCCAAGUGUCGGUUCGGAUCCUAUAGCAAACAUGCAUUCGUCAUAUGUUCAUUAUGCGGACGAUCCGAAACUGGUAGUGGGACUGAACAUGUAUGACCCUCUGUUUAAUACUCCGUAUAGCAUAUCGACACAAAACUCCCAUAUUGAUGGACAGUUGACAAACAGCAUUGCCGGAGUUCCACCAGUGCAAGUUGUGCAACUACCACCUGAAGACCAUUUGGUAGUCGGAGACUACUCGAACGAGCUUCUAUUCCAUUAUGUCACACAACUUGAAGACAAGCCUCAUUUCAAUGUCAAAACCAUCCGGAUCGAAGAGUUGAGCUCAUAUGAUCUGAAAGUUCCAUUCUCUAUGCAUCUUCUCAUAAACGCCGAUAGCGGGUCUACUGCCGAGUUAGAGACAAUCAUUCCAAUACUAUUGGCGGGCGCCCCUAGCUUCAAAAGUUGUGAGAAACUUUCGUAUCACAUCGUAUUUCCAUCUACAAUGAAGUGGUCGGAGACUCCUGAAUCUUGGACCAAUGUUUACACUCAGUUCAUGGAUGCUCUCAAACAAGCUGUUGGAUCGAAGGUGGAGCAAUGUUCUAUAAUCCGCAAAUUUGAUACAAGCACAAUAUACAUAACCGAGAUCGAUGCACUCGUUGCUCUUGGAAAGGAUAUGUCAGAUGACAUAUCUAGAUGGGAAAACCUUCGCAUUCUUGACUACAGCUAUAAUUGUCUCAGGCUACUCCCUGGAGUCAAAUUUCCCGACUCAUUGGAAGUCUUGAACAUAGGGGGAGGCGAGUCACUAGAAACACUUGCAGGGUUCAAGAUGCCACCCAAUUUAAAGGUACUUGAUGUAUCUCACAAUCAACUCAAAUCCAUCGAUUAUGUUUUCCCACCAAGUCUUCGCCGCUUGAACCUACAAAAUAAUUGCAUCUACUCAUUGGACUAUAUUAAAUUACCACAACAGCUUUCUGCCCUUGAUCUAUCACAAAAUAGGAUAGAUACAAUCAAAUAUGUUAAUUUUCCUCGCGAGUUAACUUUUUUAUCUGUCGCUCACAACCCUAUCGAGUGCAUGAAGGGGGCACGAUUUCCCGAGAAGGUAGAAUACUUAGACGUUUCAUGCAUUCCAAACGAGUCUAUGGCUGGAAUUAAAUUUCCGGAUAGUACGUUGUGUCUCAAUCUUCAACUGUCCAUGACAAAUACUCGUGGAUUGAAGCUACCGCCGUAUGUCAAAGAGCUCAACAUGGCUUGUAAUGGUGUGAAUAGCAUCAACCCAUUGAAAUUGCCGAACACAAUUGAGAAGUUGUUUUUGGCUAACAAUAACAUCAAGACUUUGAGCAAGGUUUCAUUCCCAACAGGAUUAAAGGAGCUUUAUUUGGGCAAUAAUCUGAUCACAUCAUUAAAAAACGUCCUGUUUCCACCCACAUUAGAGGUUUUAGACAUGGAAAUGAAUCCUGACCUUGAAGAAAACGAAAAAGACAUAUCGUCACUCAAGGACGUUAUCUUGCCAUCAAACCUUCGGAUUUUACGUCUAGGAUAUCAUCUGAUCAAAGCAAUCGAGAGCAUGGACUUUCCGUUUUAUCUCGAAGAAUUGAGUAUUCAGUACAAUGACUUAAGAAUGUUCCGAAAUGUGAAAUUUGGGCCCAAAUUGCGAUUUUUAGACCUCUCGGGCAACCAAGAGCUCAUGAAUGUGGACAAUGUUUACUUCCCAGAGACGCUACUUGAAAUGAGAAUACCUUCGACUCUCUUGAGCAACUUGCCUGCUGACAUCGUGAAAAGAGCUAAUAAUAGGGAACUCAUAUUAACCAAGUCGUUACCAUAUACUAUAUAG